AUGUCGAGCGACUUAAACCCAUUUGAAAACUCAUUUGCGAAAAAGGAUCUCUUGCCGCUGCUGCAGCCUCGCACCCACACUUUUCCUGACUCGGCUUCUGCCUCGGGCACCUCGACUCAAUCGCUUCAUACCAAUAAUGAGCAACUGUUGACAUCUGGCGGGGAUAAAUCAUCAACAACAGCUGUUGAGCCCGAAUCCAAAACUGCUAAUGCUGCUAAUGCUGCUGCUUCCGUUGUAAAAGACUCCGCAGCACCGGUCUCUGCCACCUCUGGUGUUGCUAAUGGAACCAGCAACAGACAUAAUCUCCGAAUUCUGAAUUUCCUGAGCUUGGACACAGAGAGACUUCCAGGCCUUACACCCCCAAUCUUCACGCCAGGCGGCCGUAGACUUCCUCCGAUCCAGUUUUCUCCUGGUGCUGCUCUCGGCAGCCCAGGAACUCCAGGACACAUGUGGAGCAGUCUACUCAGUGCAACCAACGGGUCUCACACCGGGUCCGAGGCCAACCCACAGUUCGCAAGUAUGUUAAGGAAGCUGGGACUUACACCUAACGAGUCAAAUCUUCGAUCGGGUCUCACCCCCAGCAUCAUGGCCCAACAGGGCUUCAACUUCAAUCUUAACACUCCUGGAGGAUUUCCUCAUGGCCAGAUGACACCGGGCUUGCUGAACUUGCUAGGUCUCACGUCCAGUGCACCUACUGAUGUUCCAGCCAAUCUGGCUGCACCAGUAUAUCCCGAGCAUCCACUUCCUGCGGCCACGGUUCCAAAGGUCAAUGAGCCAAAACCGGACCAGCCUAUUCAGGAAGAAGAGGCCAGUGACGAUUCUGGAGAUGAAGCGGUAGUCAAGAAAGAGCAACUGGGAACUGUGAAGCGCUCAGUGUCAGAAAAUGGCAGAGGUACCAAACGAGCCAAAGCUGCUCCCAAGGGCAGAGCCACCAAAAAGAAAGAGGAACUGAAAAAGUUGGCUAAGGUAAACUCGGAAGACGAGAAGAGGAAGCAGUUUUUGGAGAGAAAUAGAGUUGCUGCAUCGAAGUGUCGUCAAAGGAAGAAACAGCUCUUCAGCAAAAUGGAAUCAGAGUUGUCUUACUAUUCCAAUGGUUACCGUGAGUUGUCAGCACAAGUGACUCAGCUUCGAGAACAACUAUUGCAGCUAAAAGGUAUAUUGAUCAAUCAUCGCGAUUGUCCGGGACUCGUCAACUCGGUUGGUGGAUACCAGCAAAUGCAAAAUGUUCUUGGCCAAACAGAUUAUAUUGCACAGGUAGCUGCUAAUGCUCAGCCUAAUUACACUUCGAUUCCUACCACAAUCCCUACCACGUUGAAUUCACAGCCUGUGAAAACUGAGUCACCUGUCAACGGCGGGGUGACUAAUGUUGAUGUGCACCCGAUGCCAGACAUGAAUCAUGUCAAUGGACAAUUAAAUGGACAGGUGGGAGAAAUUGGAGGAGUGAGAGCGCCUCCUACUCAGGUUCCUAACUUGAAUGGUUACCAGGGUGAUGUGGAGACAGGUUACCAAGGGGAUAUUUCUCAAAAUGGAUUGAACGACCAAGGAGGUCCUCUCCGCUCCAUUAACAGUGCGUCCAACUUACAAAACGAUAAACUUAGAAAUGAUUCAUACGGACUUCGUCCUGUGGCCAGUAUGGCUGAUUUGCAGAAUGUUGCUCAGCAGAAUGUGAUCAAACACUUUGAAGUAUGA